UGGGUUGUUUAGGUAAAUACUGAUACUGAUUGGCGAUACUGUCCUCACUGGACCUGCCCAGGCAAACUGUAAAGAGGAGCUGAGAAUUCCUCUUGAAUUUCGAGUUCUCUGGGAAGCACGUCAGAUUUCAUUCAGUUGGUUUAUUCCUGUGAGAAGCUACCAAAGCCUAAUCCACCAGCUCUGAACCUCCGCGUCUCUAAACCACACUGUUCCUGGGAUUUCAGUUAACUGAAGGAGGGAUUCAAAAAAGUUUCAGAGGACUGGAAGAAGAAUGCUCCGGGGCAGAUCCUUAUCCGUGACAUCCCUGGGGGGCCUUCCACAGUGGGAAGUCGAAGAACUUCCAGUGGAGGACUUACUGCUCUUUGAAGUCGCUUGGGAAGUGACCAAUAAAGUUGGUGGCAUCUAUACUGUGAUUCAGACGAAGGCCAAAACAACAGCAGACGAAUGGGGAGACAAUUAUUUUCUGAUUGGUCCCUAUUUUGAGCAUAAUAUGAAGACUCAGGUGGAACAGUGUGAACCUGUAAAUGAUGCUGUUAGAAGAGCAGUGGACACAAUGAAUAAACAUGGCUGCCAGGUGCACUUUGGAAGAUGGCUGAUAGAGGGGAGUCCUUAUGUGGUGCUCUUUGACAUAGGCUCUUCGGCUUGGAAUCUGGACAGGUGGAAAGGUGACCUUUGGGAGGCAUGCAGUGUCGGCAUCCCUUAUCACGACCGAGAAGCCAAUGAUAUGUUGAUAUUUGGAUCUUUAACUGCCUGGUUCUUAAAAGAGGUGACAGAUCACACAGAUGGGAAACAUGUCAUUGCCCAAUUCCACGAAUGGCAGGCCGGAAUUGGACUGAUCCUUUCUCGAGCUCGGAAACUUCCUAUCGCUACAAUAUUUACCACCCACGCCACACUGCUUGGGAGGUACCUCUGUGCAGCAAACAUUGAUUUCUACAACCAUCUGGAUAAGUUUAACAUAGACAAAGAGGCCGGGGAAAGGCAGAUUUAUCAUCGGUAUUGCAUGGAGCGAGCCUCAGUCCAUUGUGCUCACGUGUUCACCACAGUUUCUGAGAUAACAGCAAUAGAGGCAGAACAUAUGCUGAAGAGAAAGCCUGAUGUAAUCACUCCAAAUGGCUUGAAUGUUAAAAAAUUUUCAGCAGUACAUGAGUUUCAAAAUCUGCAUGCCACGUACAAGGCCAGGAUCCAAGAUUUUGUUCGAGGUCAUUUCUAUGGUCAUCUGGACUUUGAUCUUGAAAAGACUUUGUUCCUUUUCAUUGCUGGGAGGUACGAGUAUUCAAACAAAGGAGCUGACAUCCUCCUAGAAUCCUUAUCCAGGCUGAAUUUCCUGCUGAGGAUGCAUAAAAGUGACGUCACUGUGGUGGUGUUUUUCAUUAUGCCUGCCAAAACAAAUAAUUUCAACGUGGAAACCCUGAAGGGCCAGGCAGUGAGAAAACAGCUCUGGGACAUUGCACAUUCUGUGAAGGAAAAGUUUGGAAAGAAACUCUAUGAUGCAUUAUUAAGAGGAGAAAUUCCUGACAUGAACAAGAUUUUGGAUCGAGAUGAUCUAACAAUUAUGAAAAGAGCCAUCUUUUCAACUCAGCGACAGUCUUUGCCUCCAGUGACCACUCACAACAUGAUUGAUGACUCCACUGACCCCAUCCUCAGCACUAUUAGACGGAUCGGGCUUUUCAACAGCCGCACAGACAGAGUCAAGGUGAUUUUGCACCCAGAGUUCCUUUCCUCCACCAGCCCCUUAUUACCCAUGGAUUAUGAAGAGUUUGUCCGAGGUUGUCAUCUUGGAGUAUUUCCAUCAUACUAUGAACCAUGGGGCUAUACUCCAGCUGAAUGCACUGUGAUGGGCAUCCCCAGUGUGACAACCAACCUCUCCGGCUUUGGCUGUUUCAUGCAGGAGCACGUGGCUGAUCCGACUGCAUACGGUAUUUACAUUGUUGACAGGCGGUUCUGCUCUCCGGAUGAUUCUUGCAACCAGCUGACCAAGUUUCUCUAUGGAUUUUGCAAACAGUCACGCCGCCAAAGAAUUAUCCAGAGGAACCGAACUGAGAGGCUCUCAGAUCUUCUGGAUUGGAGAUAUUUGGGCAGAUAUUACCAGCAUGCCAGGCACCUGACAUUAAGCAGAGCUUUUCCAGAUAAAUUCCAUAUGGAACCUACAUCACCACCAACGACAGAAGGAUUUAAAUAUCCCAGGCCUUCCUCAGUACCGCCUUCCCCUUCAGGGUCUCAGGCCUCCAGUCCUCAGAGCAGUGAUGUGGAAGAUGAAGAUGAAGAUGAGAGAUACAAUGAGGAAGAUGAGGCCGAAAGGGAUCGGUUAAAUAUCAAGUCACCGUUCUCUCUGGGUCAUGUUCACGGUAGGAAGAAGAAGCUGCAUGGUGAAUUCAAGAACUGAAUUCCACACUUUCUGGACACAGCUCACUUAGUAAGAACAUAGUAAGAAUGAUUAUUUAAAGAGAUGAAAAUACCGCAAAUUUCAUUUUCUUCUUCUAAGUAUUACCGUGGAAUUUAUUCUCUGCCUAAAAAGUAGAGGAGAUUAAGUGAACGGCAAUUUUGUAAUUUAUAAUAAAGUUCAAGUUAUUUUCCACAACUCCUUUUUCCCCAGUAAAUUUAGGCGUAAGGAAGAGUGUUAAUUCAGGGAGGAAGACUGGGAGUGUUUUUAAAAUGGUUAAUUUAAAUAAGCAAUAAGAAUUUUCAUUUACU